AAAUUUUCUACUUUUUAUUUACAAGUCCCAGCCAGUUUUUCCUUCCACUUGGCCGACCGCACUCAAGUGGUUUCAUUCAUCAAGUUAUACUCUACGCCGUAGCCAAGCCGAAAAGCUCAGUCGACUCUCACCUUUUAUAGCCGAAAAGAAAAAGCAAACCGGAAACCACGAUGCUCGCCCGUGCUGCUCUCAUAUUGCUCUCGUGCCUCCUAACCGUCAACAUGGUAGCCGCGACGGACGCCACACCAGAAAAUAGACUCUGUAGCGGAGGCAAGAUCGUGGGUAUCCUCGUUGGUGGCGCGGUCAUCCGGACGGAUCCCAACGGGACUUGGAAAGGAGAGCCGAGCGGCAAGGGAUGUCAGUGCAGCAGCAAGGGCUUCGGAUGUCUCACUGCCCCAAAAUCCGGUUACUUGCCCACCAAAACGCCCACGACUUGUGUCAAGUUAGACCAGCCUUGCAACUGAUGGUGCUCGAUGUAGCCCCCUCUUUAUCCUUGUUUGUAUCCACACUUUCAUACAAUCCCUUCUCUCUUCUUCAACCUUUUCUCAUCAACACACAGAGUUCGCCGAACACACCGGCCACAGUUCAUCUUUUCUUCCCUGUCUCCUUUGUCUCAUACGCGUAGGAAAAUCUGCCACUAUCAUGCAUCUGCAACUUUCUUGAAGACAAGCAUUUUUUCCCGGGCAGUGGCAGUCAGACCCAUGCAAGGCCAGGCAGG